AUGAGGCAGUCGCUGCCGCAGGGGAUCCUUGGCCUUUGCUUGGUUUGCGCGGCCGCGCCUUCGAAGCGUCGGAAUCCGCCUGCUGACGCGGUGAGGAUCAGCGCAGGUGUGUACUGUUUGCCGAAUCCGCCAGAUUCGGAACGGCUGUGUCACUACAGUCAAGCUGUGACGCGGUGGCUCCAUGAAUUGGCGGUUCAAAAAUUGGAGCUAGACCGGCUGACGCAAAAGAAGCAAAAGAGGGCACGGAGAGCGAUGGAGCGCUCCGCAUGCAUCGGGCAAGGUGGUAGCCUUCCUCCUUUGAGGAGAAAAGCGGGCUACAGAUAUGAUAUUUGCACCUUCCAAGUGCUGACGUUCAAAGACAACUCAGAACCUUUCAAAAUCUUCUUCCCGAGUGAUGAUCAAGACAAGAUUGCCGAAUGCGAUGUAUUGCCCUGGCUGAUGAACUUUGCCACGAAUGGCACACCUGGGCUUGCGAUUGACAUUGGGGCCGGCGAUUCAGGAUCGUGCAGCUGGCCUUUGCUGAGCGAAGGCCAUGAAGUGCAUAUGUUCGAACCCGGCUAUUCGAACCCCGUGGAACGGAGCUUCGUUGAGCUGACGCGAGACUUGAAUGGUUGGCAGCACAAGGCGACUCUGCACGGCGCUGUGGGAGGCGAUCCCUAUGUCGCGCAGCUCUUUGAGAAGACUAGCAGGAUCCACUUGUUGAAGAUCGACGUGGAUGAUCGCCAAAGUUACGAAGCCGUGUUUGCAGGAGUCGCACCGGUCCUUCACAAGGUUGACAUUCUGCAGAUUGAGAUGAUCGACGAAGAGAUUGGACGGCAUGGCAUGACUUGGAUUAUGGAUACCUUCCUGUCGCAUGACUUUUUGAUGUUUGGCCUGGAAGAUGUCGACACUUUCCCGGGCUUUCAGCAUGAUAGCCUUGGGCGAGGAUGCCAAGAUGGUGAUAUGCCUUCAACGAUGCACUCAGAGCCAGUGAUCGAUGGGGAGGUGGAGUAUGAAUAUGGCAUGAAUGGUCCGGGCAAACUUCGUAUGUUCCCCAUCUGCAGAUGUGAGGGCCUGGUACUUGGAAGGGGCCGCGGAAGCAAAGAUCCCUUGGCCUGCAACGCGCAGUUCGCCUUUGUGAGGCGAGGCUCCGCCGCACUGGCGGCAGUGCAACGCCGCUAUGGCUCCUGCGAAGCGCGGCAGCUCUUCAGCGAGGCCUCCCAGCGCUGGUGGCAGCUGCUGGCCCACCGCUCCGCCGAGUCCUUCGCGCCGAGCGGGCCUCGCGCGAGUGGCGCUGAGUCGGAUGAGGUGACCCACAUCGCCAUGGUGGCCUCCGUGGGAUUUCCAGCCUUUGGCCGGAAGGCGCUGGCGGGCCUGCGCUCGGCGCUCUUUUUCGCCUCAAGGCCGCUACGCCUGCACCUGGUGGUGGACCGCCUGGGGGAGCAGGACCUACGGGAAGCCAUAGAGACGUUGGAGCCGAGCCUACGCGCAAAAGGCUCCUUCCGCUUCUACAGACAGGAGGAGCUGCAAACCGCGUGGCGCGAAAUCAACGCGUUGGUGCCUCCUGACUGCCUGCAGUUCUCUGGACACUAUGGGGAUGCAGGCUGGUUGCGCAUGUUCCCGCAUCUGGUCAUUCCGGAGUCGGAGGCAGUCGAUGCCCUCAUUUGGGUGGAUGCAGGAGACUUUGUCUUCCUGGAAGAUCCAGUGGAGUUGGCCAGACACCGAGAAAACUUUGAUGAGGAUGACUUCCUCGGGGUGGCAGACGAGCAGGUGCUGGGUCUGCCGCUGCAGCUCUUCUCUUUGCGCCGGCUGAGAAGUCACGGCGGCAGGUGGGCGGAGCUGGUCACCGAUGCGGUGCAUCGAGGUUAUGCAGAAUCGGGUGACAGCUUCUGCCGCCUGGGGGAGGGCAUGGGCGUGGUGUUUCUACUGCACCAUGCGGAGAACAGAUGGGUUUACUACCAGCUGCCCCACCACUGGACCUACAUGCCUUGGGCCGUGUGGUUGCCAUCCACUGGCACCGGCAGCCUUUGGGCUUCGCGAUCCACGCUUUGGCGCUUGCCUGCUGAUCCUGUGUGGAGUGACUCCGUCUUCCCUGGGCUGUCGGACUUCACGACUCUGCGGGUGAGGUGCCCAAGCUUCCUGGAGGAGCUGGCCAGCUACAUCCGCGUGGCCACGCAGACGGACAUGCAGGAGCUGAGCCCAGACGAGCAAGCAGAACAGUGGAAGCACUUCAGGGUGACAAGAGACGCCGUGAUUGUCGAUGAAUUUGAACAACGCCUGGGCUGCGAGGAGCGCGCCAAGGCGGUGCACUUGCCGGUGAUGUUCCACCAGGUACCCUGGGUGCAUCGUUUUCUCAACUUCUGGGCCGGCGCCGAGGUGUGGACGGGCGGAGCUCCAGCGCGGGAGCUGCGGACCGAUGCCAUGCUGGACAUGAACGCUGCAAGCGCAGCCGCAUGCCACGCGCUGCACCGAGACACCGGCGAGCGCUUCGCUCUUGAACGCUGGGGCAAGAAUCGGCACCGAUGA